UGGGAAAGGGGUGGCGAGGAGGGAGGGGGCAGCCGUGCGGAGGGGGAGGCUGGCAGAAAUGCUAAUUCCUCGCUGAGCUCGCGGCUCGGCAGCGCAGUGCCCGCACGGCCCCGCUCCGGCGCGCAGCUCGGCCCGGCGAGGCGCGGGCUGCGGGAGGCCCCGCGGCGGCCCCCCCCGGGCGCCUGGCUCCGCUCCGCGCCGGCUCCCGCCUCGCCCCCGCGCCCGUCGCCGUCGUAUCUGGGCUGGCGGGGUGCCCGGACGCGGUCCGCGCGGGUCCUCGGGGCUCCUCCGUGCCGGGACGAGCCGCCCGCCCGGAGCUGAGGAGGAGGAUGCGGAGCACCGGCACCGGCGAGGCGAGGUCCUGCGGGUUUCUCAGCGCCACUUAGGAGCGGGAGGGAGAUGGCCCCGCUGCUGAGCCUGUGCCUGGCGGCCCUGCUCGGCGUGGCGCGGGCGUGCCCGGAGCCCUGCGCCUGUGUGGACAAGUACGCCCACCAGUUCGCCGACUGCGCCUACAAGGAUCUCCAGGUGGUGCCCACCGGGCUGCCCUCCAACGUCACCACCCUCAGCCUGUCCGCCAACAAGAUCACCGCGCUGCAGCGGCGCUCCUUCGUGGAGGUGACCCAGGUCACCUCCCUGUGGCUGGCGCACAACGACAUCCGCUCCAUCGAGACCGGCACCUUCGCCAUCCUGGUGCAGCUGAAAAACCUCGACAUCAGCCACAACCAGAUCGUGGACUUCCCCUGGCAGGACCUCUACAACCUCAGCGCCCUCCAGCUCCUCAAGAUGAACAAUAACCACAUGGCCCAGGUGCCCCAGGGGGCCUUCCACACCCUCAAGGACCUCCGGUCCCUGCGCAUCAACAACAACAAGUUCACUGCUCUUGCGGAGGGUAUCUUCGACUCCCUUAGCUCCCUCUCCCACCUGCAGAUCUACAACAACCCCUUUGACUGCUCCUGCAAGCUCCAGUGGCUGAAGAAGUGGAUGGACAGCACACUUAUCUCCAUCCCAGAGAAGGACUCCAUCACCUGCAGCCUCCCAGAGCAGCUCCGAGGGGUGCCAGUGGGGAAAAUCCCAGACGUGCAGUGCAUGUCGCCUUCCGUGCAGCUCACCUAUUUCCCCAACCUGGACACCACAGAGCUCUUUGAUGGCUUCACCCUGACACUGCACUGUGCUGUGACAGGCAGCCCCCCACCCGAAGUGAGCUGGAAGAUCCAGACCUCCAGCCAAUCCCUGGAGAUCAAAGGGAGCCCGAGAGAGAGCACUGGGAAGGACCUUCCCAAACAAGACAUCGAGCGCUUCCUGGUCUUCAAGAAUGGCACCCUGGUGAUUCCUCACCUGAGCAAGCGGGAGGAAGGCACCUACACCUGCCUGGCCACCAAUGAAAUGGGGAGCAACCAGACCUCCGUCAACGUGGCUGUGGCUGGGACCCAGAAAUACCCCCUGCAGCCUGGGAGGGCUCCCACGGGUGGCAAAGCACAGCCAGGUGAUAGGAAGCCUGGGGCCAAGGGAGCAAAGAACAGUGUGCUCAUGCCAAAUGAGAGGAACAAACCUCUCAGCCCCACCCGUCAGAGCCACCCAUCCUCAGCAGCCGGGACAGAUUCCAUGGGAGGAGGGCAAGUGCCCUUCCAGCUUCCUCCCUUUGAGAAGAAAUGUGGCUCCACACAAGCCAGCAGAUACAUCUCCAACCAUGCCUUCAACCAGAGUGGUGACUUCAAGCAGCACACCUUCGACCUGGGUGUGAUUGCCUUAGAUGUGUCAGAGCGCGAUGCCAGGGUGCAGCUCACACCCACGUACAUGCAGCCUGAGAAGGUCCACCUCAGAAUGCUCUACCUGUGCCAGGAGAGCAGCCAGGGCCACGCCUUGGUCCAGUGGUCUAAGAUCGAGGAAGGGGUGAACUCGUACUGGUUCCAGGGUUUGAACCCCGGCACCAACUACUCUGUGUGUCUCACCUACCUCGGGGAGGACUGCCAGGUCCAAGUGGUCUUCACCACCAAGAAAGAGAUCCCCUCACUCAUCAUCAUUGUUGUCGUGAGCAUCUUCUUGCUGCUCCUGGCCACCCUACCCCUGAUGGGGGCCACAUGCUGCCACCUCCUCUCCAAGUACCAGGGGAAGACCUACAAGCUUAUCAUGAAAGCCCAGAACCCGGACCAGAUGGAGAAGCACAUGGCUGCCGACUUCGACCCCCGCGCCUCCUACCUGGAGUCUGAGAAGAACUACAAUCCCAGCGAGGUGGGGGAAGGGGACGUGGAGGAAGAAGAAGAGGGGGAGGACGACGACGACGAAGGAGGGAGGAGGAGGAGGAGAGAAGCCGAAGGGGCGCCGGAGCUGGAGCGAGAUGAGAGCGUGGCGGCCGGCUCCAUGGCGGAGUCGCAGUCCAAAGCGAACGCCGAGGAGUUCGAGGUCCGCUCCGAGUACAGCGACAAGCUGCCCCUGGGCGCCGAGGCGGUGACCAUCUCCCAGGAGAUCAACGGGAACUACCGGCAGCCCGCCCGCUGAGCCCGCCGCCCUGCUGCCCCGCCGAGCCCUGCCCCGCCGCCCCGCCGCCCGCCCCGCUGCUCCGGAGCCGCAGCCCGGGGCCGCCGGCUGGCGCCGUCGGGCCGCUGCUUCCUUCCUUCCUUCCUUCCAAGAGAGGAGCGAAGACGAAAGAACGAAAAAUCCAAAGCGACACCCGUGCGUCCCUCCUCCUCCUUUUCCUCCUCUACCAGACCCCAGAUCCUCGGAGAAGGGUGAACGCACGGACUCCGCGCAGGGGACCUCGCCCGGGGCUGCUCGCGCCGGGGUGGGCCGUUUCUCCCACGAUUUCGUUUCCGUUUGGAGUCAGUCGGCGCCGGGGUUCUCCGCACAGCCACGAUCCGGUGAUGGUCUUCCUUCUCGGGUUUGCUACAGCAUUGCAACGAUUCCCCCUUCCCCCGGCCUUUGCCCUCCGUUCUCCCUUUAUUUUCUUUUCCCCUAAAGGAAAA